ACCCGAAGUUAACCAAUAAAAUGGUUUUCUUAAGUGAUCUUAUCGUUCCUAGAAAUUGAACGAUAGUGCAUUUUACUCGAUAUUAUCGAUAACGUACGGUAAAUAAAACGACCUUCGUAUAUGCGAGAAACGAUUAGACAGACGUUUCAAUGUAUAAGUGUUAAGUUUUCUUUCUCGUACGUGUACAUAUUAUGUAUUUAUGUGUAUUUAAAUAUAUAUAUAUAUAUUCAUGUAAGUAUAUCCUGUGAAACAAGUAAUUUGCGUGAUCAGACAUCAGAAUGACGUUACUCGUGAGUGUAUUGCCACUGUUAUUCACUUUGACGGCUGCUUACAAAGAUCCUCAUUAUGUCAACGGCCACGAUACUAUGGUACAUCUUUUUGAAUGGAAAUUUAAAGACAUUGCUGAUGAGUGUGAAAGAUUUUUAGGACCUAUGGGUUACGGUGGUAUACAGGUAUCACCGAUUCAAGAAAAUGUAAUCAUAGCAUCACGACCAUGGUUUGAAAGAUAUCAACCAAUAUCUUACAUAUGGAAAACGAGAUCUGGUAAUGAACAAGAAUUCAAGGACAUGGUAAGAAGAUGUAACAAAGCCAACGUAAGAAUAUACGUCGAUGUUGUGUUCAAUCACAUGACUGGUACUCACAAAAAUGCUAUUGGAACUGGUGGUUCAAAAGCAGACACCGAUAAUCUCGAUUAUCCUGCUGUACCUUACACAGCUAAAGAUUUUCAUUCGCGUUGCGAAAUAACGGAUUAUUCUAAUACAAGUAACGUUCGCAAUUGUGAAUUGCUUGGUCUUCACGAUCUUGAUCAAAGCAAAGAAAACGUAAGGGAAAAAAUUGUUGAGUUCUUGAACGCAGCUGUCGAUGCUGGAGUUGCUGGAUUUAGGGUUGAUGCAGCAAAACACAUGUGGCCGGAGGAUUUAAAAGUAAUCUAUUCACGAAUUAAAAAUUUAAAUACGAAACAUGGUUUUAAACCUAAUUCCCGACCAUACAUAUAUCAAGAAGUUAUAGAUAACGGUGGUGAAGCGAUUAAAAAAUCAGAAUACGAAUUUGCAUCAGUUACGGAAUUUCUAUAUGGUCGCGAAUUGGGCAAUGCUUUAUUUGGUAAUAAUGAUCUGAAGUGGUUUAAUAGUUGGGGUGAAGCUUGGGGUCUUAUGCCAUCGAAUGAUGCUUUGGUAUUUAUUGACAAUCAUGACACUCAACGUUCUUCUGGUACACUCACCUAUAAACACUCGAAAUUGUACAAGAUGGGAGUAGCAUUUAUGUUGGCUCAUCCUUAUGGUACACCACGUGUCAUGAGUUCUUACUUUUUUAAUGACUUCAACGAUAGUCCACCGGCCGAUUCCAAUGGAAAUCUUCUUUCACCUACUAUCAAUAAUGACGAUACUUGUGGAAAUGGUUGGGUUUGUGAACAUCGUUGGAGACAAAUAUAUAAUAUGGCACGUUUCCGUGUAGCAGUUAACGGUACGAUGUUAAAUAAUUGGUGGGACAACGGUAGCAAUCAGAUCGCAUUUUGUCGUGGCAAUCGUGGAUUCAUAGCGAUCAAUAACAACAGUUGGGAUUUGAAAAAAACAUUUGACAGUUGCUUACCUCCUGGCAAAUAUUGCGACGUCAUUUCUGGAAAUCUCAAGAACGGCAGAUGUACCGGUAAAAUGGUUGAAGUUACUUCAGAUAAAAAACUUCACAUUGAGUUACUUACAAACGAACAGGACGGAGUUAUUGCUAUUCAUGUUAACGCAAGAGAAAAUUCAUGAAAGUUCCUUCCUUUUCAAAAUAGAUCCGAUUAAAUGAUUUUUGUUUUGUUUUGUUAACAUAAUUAUUAAUAUAUAUAUAUAUGUGUGUGUGUAUAUAAUCUCGUGUGAUUUUUAUUUUCUAUAAUCAGGUUAUAAAUAGGAAGACCGAUAUCUCACGGUCUACGGAUAUAUCUUUCAACAAAUUUAUUUUAACAGAAACAAUGUACUGCUUGUUUGUUUGUUUGUUUUUUUCUUUCUCUUUUCACCAUUAAUUUCUACUAUACAUUAUUAUGACAAUUAAAAGUAAAAUAAUACACGACAGAGACUCGCAUUCGUAAAGAAAUUAUAUUAAAAAAAAAAGAAAAAAGGAAAAAGAAAAAUGUGAGAGAAAUGUAUAAAGAAGAUCGAGAAGUCAUUGAGUAAACAACUUAAAGAGGAAAUACGUGUGUGUUUGUGUAUGUAUGUGUGUAUAUAAUGUGUGUGUUAUUGUGUAUAAAAAAAAAAAAA